AUGCCUCGUGAUUUAAACUCUUCUAAAUUGGCUUUAAUAGUCAUUGAUAUGCAAAAUCAAUUUGCAUUUGCAGCAAAAUCUAUUCUUGCUGAAGUAAAUGCUACUAUAGUUAGUGCACGUCGUGCUGGUAUACCAGUUAUUUUCACACAACAUACUGAUUCUGAUCUUGGCAAUGAAGAAAAACCAUCUGCUUUAAUUCGUUGGUGGGGUAUAUCAGAAGCAAUAAGAAAAGAUUCUCAUAAUUGGAAACUUUUAGUUGAUCUUAAUGUUGCAUCAAAUGAAGUUAUAAUUGAUGAAAAAACAACUUAUGAUGCAUUUUAUCGAACACGAUUAAAAUCUUUAUUAGAUGAACAAAAUAUUGAUACAAUAAUUAUUUCUGGUGUUAUGACUCAACUUUGUUGUGAAACAACAGCACGUUCAGCAUUUGUUCAAAAUUAUAAUGUUAUAUUUUUAUCUGAUGGUACAGGACCACCAUAUCCAUCAACACUUGAAACAAUAUCUUUUGGUUUUGGAAAAGUGAUAAAAUGUGCUGACAUGCGUGCACGACUUGAUAACAUGAAUAAAUAA